AUGGUGAAACCUUCAUCUCCCUCUCCAUCUGCAUCUGCAACUGCGAAUAACGAAAGAGACAGGACCCAAGAAGCUAAAUACAGAGGUGUUCGAAAGAGGAAAUGGGGAAAAUGGGUGUCAGAGAUCCGGCUACCCAACAGCCGUGAAAGGAUCUGGUUAGGCUCCUACGAUUCACCGGAAAAAGCUGCUCGAGCUUUCGAUGCUGCUCUCUUCUGUCUACGUGGCAACACUGCCAACUUCAACUUCCCUCAUCAACCUCCGGACAUUCCCGGCGGCACCGAACUCCACCCUUCCCAGAUACCUGCCGUUGCUGCUAGCUUCGCAAACUCCAUUCCAUCAUCAUCAUUAUCAUCAUCUUCUUCAUCUUCUCAGUUGCAGGAUUCGUCGUCUGAUCAUCAACCCUUCUUUUCCAGUAACUACCAGCAAACUUGCACCUCCAUGGAUGUCGUAUCUAGCUCCUCCUUUGACAUGGAUUACAAUACAGAUAGCGUACCGGACUUCGGGAUAUUUCCAGGAUUUGAUGAUUAUUUCAUGCCCAUGCAGCCGCCACUAGCUGCUCAUGAUUACGGGGAUGAGGUCUUUGAUGGGGUUUAUUCGCAAGAUCCAUCUUAUCUUUGGAGUUUUUAA